GAGAGAGAGAUAUGAAGUACUCCACAUUCAUGAACUUGUUCAUUGUUGUUAUAGUGGUGGUGCUAGGAAUUGUGGGAGAUUGUCAUGGAGAUGGGUUGAGGAAGAACUUUUACAAAAAGAGUUGUCCCUUAGCCGAGCAAAUUGUUCAGAACAUAACAUGGAAAAAUGUGGCUUCCAAUCCGUUUUUGCCUGCCAAGUUGCUAAGGCUGCAAUUCCAUGACUGUUUUGUCAGGGGUUGUGAGGCCUCAGUAUUGUUGGAUUCUACAGCAAAUAAUACAGCUGAGAAGGAUGCAUUUCCAAACCUUUCUCUGGGAGGAUUUGAUGUCAUUGAUGAAAUAAAGACCCAACUAGAGAUCAACUGUUCUAAUACUGUUUCUUGUGCCGAUAUAGUCGCUUUGGCUACUAGAGACGCAGUUUCCUUCCAAUAUAAUAAAAGCAUGUGGACGGUGAAAACGGGAAGAAGAGAUGGGACCGUUUCGCUUGCGUCGGAGGUCGACCUCCCUUCACCAUUCGACGAUUUCGCCGGCCUCAAGCAAGCUUUCGCCGACAAAGGUCUCUCAUCUAAAGAUCUCGUCGUGCUGUCAGGUGCACAUACCAUUGGAAUUGGAAAUUGCGAAUUUUUCAGCAACAGGCUAUACAAUUUUGACGGAACUAACGGUUCCGAUCCGUCUCUAAACUCAACCUAUGCAUCUUUUCUCAAGACCAAAUGCAGUGCUACGGACACCACAACCGUCGUACCAAUGGACCCGGGGAGCGGUCGAACCUUCGACAACCAUUACUACACCAUUCUGAAGCUGAACGAAGGUCUUUUCCAGUCCGAUGCCGCACUUCUCACCGACGGUCAUGCUAGUGAUAUUGUUGAUGAGAUGGGCACAACUACAAACGAGGAGUUUUUCAAAUAUUUCGGUCAUUCGAUUACCCGAAUGGGCGCAAUUGGUGUGCUGACGGGGGAUUCAGGAGAGAUAAGGCAGAAAUGCAGCAUGGUUGCAGGGGGCGGUCCUAUUCGAGAUGCAAAUGGGCAGUGGAUUGAUGGGUUUCAUCGUUCCUUGAGGCGUAUGCAUAGUAUGGAGGCAGAAUUGUGGGCUCUCAGAGAUGGGUUGCAUUUGGCUAGCAACAAGCAGCUAAUUCCGAUUUGCGUGGGAAUGGAUGCUUUGGCGGCUAUUCAACUACUUACGGAUCCGAACCAACCUCGUCACAGCCUGAGCAAUAUUAUUCAUGAUUGCAGAGGUACAAACCGUGCAACUGUGCGUACUGUCCUCGUUGACAAUUUUAGGGCCAAUAGUUGGGUAGGUGACGUUCAUCUACUUGUUGGAUGGGUGAACGGAAUUGCUCCUUUCCCACAAUCGCCGAGUCAGCCAGAGGGAAAGAAGAAGAUCAUGAUGCCAAAAAGUCCUGCUUUCUUGCUCCUUCUCCUUAUAGUACUAACCAGAGCUGUUAGAAUUCUUUGUGGUGGAGAUGAAUAUGAUCAUCAGCAGUUCUUCAAUGCCUAUGAUCAGGAUGAUCAUGGGUUGAGUAUCUAUGGAGACGGUGGUCAGCUGAAGAUGGGGUACUAUGAGCAGAGUUGCCCUUCAGUUGAAACUGUGGUGAGGAACAUCACAUGGAGCAAUGUUGCAGCUAAACCCUUCUUGGCAGCUAAGCUCUUAAGGCUUCAUUUCCAUGAUGCCUUUGUGAGGGGGAAUGAUGCAUCCGUAUUGCUGGACUCAACACCUACAAACAAAGCUGAGAAAGAUGCAUUCCCCAACCUGUCCUUAUCAGGAUAUGAUGUAAUUGAUGAGAUAAAGGCAGCACUUGAAGAAAAAUGCAAUGGAACUGUUUCUUGUGCUGAUAUUCUUGCCAUGGCAGCUAGGGAUGCAGUUUCUUUCCAAUUCCAAAGGCCAGUGUGGAAGGUUUUAACAGGGAGAAAAGACGGGAAAAUAUCACUUGCGACAGAUAUUGGACCCAAUAUACCAUCACCAGGAGCAAACUUCAGCACCCUCUUGGCUCAAUUUUCAAGCAAAGGUCUAAAUAUUGUAGAUCUUGUAGUCUUAUCAGGGGGACAUACCAUUGGAAUAGGGCAUUGCUCUUUGAUAUUCAAAAGACUGUACAAUUUCACCGGAAAAGGUGAUACAGACCCUUGUCUAAAUCAAGACUAUGCAAAAACCCUAAUGGGUCUCUGCCCAAAGAAUUCUCCUUCUUCUUCUGUGGAGAUGGACCCCUAUAGCUCACUCUCAUUUGACAGCCAUUACUUUACGAUUCUCAACCAGAAAAAGGGCCUGUUUCAAUCCGAUGCUGCAUUGCUCACCGAUCGAAGAUCAGCCCUGAUAUCGCAGCUCAUGCGGAUUCCCGGGGUUUUCUUCAGUCGAUUCGCCCGUUCGAUGAUGAAGAUGGGUGCCAUUGGAGUGCUUGGAGAUGGUAAUGGUAAUGGAGAGGUUAGGAGGAAUUGCAGAGUUGUUAAUUAACGUAUGUUGAUGAUCAGAGGGGCUUUCUAGUUUUACAUCAGUUUCCAACGCCAUCAAUAAAAUAAGAGAAUUGAUUUCUACACUCUCUCUUUUUAUAUCCACGCUUUCUUUUUUGUUUUUUUAGCAAAAAAAAAAAAAUACAUAAAAAAAGUGUGGUUAUCAAAAAAUAAAAUGUAGAAAUCAAUUCCAUUAAAUAAUUGUUCGCAGGUCUUCAUUCAAUGAUUAGUAUAUUUUUUGGGGGUUUUGGUGAGUGAUUUGUAUCUAUAUGUAAGAUGAUUAAUUCAUGUUUGUAAUUUGUUUGCGAUCUCAUGAAAUUUUAUCCUUUUUGCUGUUUCAAAGAAA